AUGUUUGCUUCUUUCUUUCUUUCUUUCUUUCUUUCUUUCUUUCUUUCUAUAACGUCCUUUUUUGACUCUCGAAGUUUUUCAUUUCUUUCUUUUUUAUUUCUUUUAUUGUUUGGUAAUUUCUUUUAUUAUUUCUUUUUUUUUUCUAUAAACUCUUCUUUAAACUCUUUCUUAGUUUUUCUUUUCUUUCUUUCUGAUUUCUUUUUAUGCAUGCUUCUUUCUUUCUUUCUCUCUUUCUUUCUUUUUUUUUCUUUCGUUGCUUUUUCUUUUAUCGUAUUCUUUAUUAUUUCUAUUACAGUUUUCUUUCUUUCUAUAACUUUGUCAGUUUUAUCUCUUUUACUUUUCCCUUUCUUUAUUUUCAUACUUUUCCCUUCAUUCUCUUUCGUGCGUUUCUUUUUUCAUUUCUUUCUUUCUUUCUUUAACAUCUCUUCUUCCAGGCAUGAAGGUCCACGUUUGUCUUCUUUUUUGUCUUUUUGUUUCUUUUUUAUUUGUUUGAUUUUUGAUUGUUUGCCUCUUUUUCUUUCUUUCUUUCUUUCUUUCUUUCUUUCUUUCUUUCUUUCUUUCUUUCUCCUCGUGUAUUCUUUCAUCAAUUACUCUUCUCAUCACUUAUUUAUUAUUUUCUUUCUUUCUUUCUUUUCUUUCUUUCUUUCUUUCUUUCUCCUCGUAUUCUUGUAUUCUUCCAUCACUUAUUUACUCUUUCUUUCUCAUCACUUAUUUGUUAUUUUCUUUCUUUCUUUCUUUCUUUCUUUCUUUCUUUCUUUCUUUCUUUCUUUCUUUCUCCUCGUGUAUUCUUCCAUCACUUACUCUUCUCAUCACUUAUUUGUUAUUUUCUUUCUUUCUUUCUUUCUUUCUUUCUUUCUCCUCGUGUAUUCUUCCAUCACUUACUCUUCUCAUCACUUAUUUGUUAUUUUCUUUCUUUCUUUCUUUCUUUCUUUCUCCUCGUGUAUUCUUCCAUCACUUACUCUUCUCAUCACUUAUUUGUUAUUUUCUUUCUUUCUUUCUUUUCAAAUUUUAUUCUUUCUUUCUUUUCAUGUACCUUUCUUUCUCUGUUUCUUUCAUUGUUUCUUUUUCUUUUCUAUCUUUGUUUCUUCCGUUGUUUCUUUCCGUUUGGUGUACUGUUUGUUUGCUUCAUUCACUCAUUCAUUCUUUCUUUCUUUUUUCUUUCUUUCUUUCUUUCUUUCUUUCUUUCUUUCUUUCUAUAAGUUCCUUUUUUCUUUAAACUGUCUUAGCUUUUUAUUUGUUUAUGGUUUCUUUUUAUGUUUUCAUUCUUUCUUUCUUUCUUUCUUUCUUUCUUUCUCAUUUUUUAAAAACUUAUAUUGCGUCAUACAUUCUUUUACAUUCCUAAUUUAUCUUUCAUUUCUUUUUUUCUACCUUUCUUUUACUUUUUCAGAAAUUUGUUUCUUUUUUAUUUCUUUUUUCUGUAAUUUCUUUCUUUCGAUCAUUUUCAGAAAUUCUUUCUUUUCAUUGGCUUUCCUUUUUCCUCGCUCUCUUUUUCCCGCCUUUUUUCUUUCGUUUUACUCUUUGAUAACGUUGCGUUAUCCUCAUUCAUUCUCUACGAACUCCUCUCAUUCUUUCUUUCUUUCUUUCUUUCUUUCUUUCUUUCUUUCUUUCUUAUGA